GAAAUGUUGAGAUAAAAUUAAUCCCGAACCAGUAUUAACCAAUGACUACAAUCUCAUUGAUUCAUCAUGUACAGAGUACAAUUCUAAGAUUUUAAAGGAGUAGAUGAUACCACAUACAUCUUUAUACCUCCUUCAUCGGAGACUGCAUGCAAGGAAAGCAACUGCAACAACGAAGGUGAAGAGUCGGUCAUUCAAGCGAUGAUUUGAAUAAUAGCUGAAGACGCUAUGUUAAUCAAGGGAUGAAACUAUGAGAGAGGAAAAUAAAAUCGAUGCGCGAAUCAUCAAUCCGCUAAAAGCAACAUGCGUUCAUCAUUAAUGAUCAGCAAGCAUUCACAACUGACCAAUUGUUACGUUCUGAAGAUGGGCAGAAAACUACCGAUGCGAAAAUAUUGUAUUAUUCUUAACAUUUUUACUAAUACUAAGUAAAAUAAAUAGAAAUCUAUAUCACUAUUAA